CGGCCGGCGCCGACUAGCCCAGCGGAAUUCGAGCGGCCUCCUCCUCCUCGCGAUGGACGACUGGAAGGCGGCGUUUGGCGAGGAGUGGGAUGCUGUUGUGCUCGGCACGGGGAUGAAGGAGUGCCUGCUGAGCGGGCUGCUCUCGGUCGCGGGGAAAAAGGUGCUCCACCUCGACCGCAACGACUACUACGGCGGCGCCUCUGCCUCUCUCGACAUCAACCAGCUCUUUGAAAAGUUCCAGGCCGGCGCCCCUCCGUCCGAGGCGGAGCUGGGCAAGCUGCGCGACUGGGCGGUGGACAUGGUGCCAAAGUUCAUCAUGGCCGGCGGGCAGCUCGUCAAGGUCCUCAUCCACACAAAGACGGCAAACUACAUGGAGUUCAAGGCGGUCGACGGGUCGUACUGCUACCGCGCGCCAAAGGCGCGCUCGUCGGGCGAGUUUGGGCGCGUGCACAAGGUGCCUCUCACGCCCAAGGAGGCGCUGUCGAGCUCGAUGCUGUCGAUGCUGGAGAAGGGGCGGAUGGGAAAGUUCACCAUGUGGGUCGCCUCCAUCGACUGCGGCAAGCCCGAGGGCUUCUUUGAGGACGGCUCCUUCCGGGACAUGCCGUACUGGACGCGCGUGGGCAUGACGGGCCGCAAGAAGAUGCCGCUCACUCAGUGGAACGGCGACCAAUUCUUCAAGGACUGGGGCCUCGAGGCGGGCACGAUCGAGUUUCUCACGCACGUCUGCGCCCUGUACCGCGACGAGUCGUGGCGCUCCGCCCCUGCCCUCGAGGUCGUCUCGCGCAUGCAGCUCUACCUCGAGAGCCGCACGCGCUUCGCCGGCAUGACCUCGCCCUACCUCUACCCCCUCUUCGGGCUCGGAGAGCUGCCGCAGGCCUUCGCAAGGCUGGCGGCGGUGCACGGCGGCACGUACAUGCUCAACCGCGACUUGGACGGCUCCCCCGUCUUCGGGCCGAACGACCUCUCCCUCGAGUACGCCGAGGACGGCACCGUCGCGGGGGUCGUCAACCACGACGGCGAGGAGGCGGUGGUGGCGCGCACAAAGACGGUGGUCGGCGACCCGUCCUACUUUGCGGGCAAGACGAAGCCGACCGGCUCGGUGGUGCGCGCCAUCGCGCUGCUCGACGCGCCGCUGGCCGAGAUGGAGAAGGACGGCGCCUCGUCGUGCCAAGUCAUCUUCCCGGCGGCGCAGUGCGGCCGCUGCAACGACCUGUACCUCUUCCUCUGCUCGAACGCGCACAAGGUUGCGCCGGCGGGCAAGUACGUCGCCUUCCUCUCGACCAAGGUGGAGGGGCCGACGCAGGGGAUGAGCAACGAGCAGAUCGCCCACCGCGAGCUCGCCGCCGGGCUGGCGCUCUUCACGCGGCCGGGCGCGCCCAUGCCGCUCCACCUCUUCUACGACGCGUACCCCACCUACGCGCCGCUCACCAACGGCACCAAGGACCGCGUCUUCAUCUCCGAGUCCUUCGACGCGACGUCGCACUUCGAGACGGCCAUCAACGACGUGCUCGACAUGUACCAGCGCAUCACCGGAGAGACCCUCAACCUCGACGCCCUCGCCGCCGCCGCCUCGGCCGAGCAGUAGAGUACUCCGAGUAGCGUACUCCACGAGUAGCGCAGCCCGCGCGGCGGCGGCGGCGGAGGGGCAGUAGCGCCAGUGCCGUGGAGACGCGGCGGGGCGAGACGUCGCCGACGAGGGGGGCAUUUAGGCGCAGAAGGUAAUAUAUUGAAGUAAUCACGCGCCGGCCAGAUAUAUCA